AUGCAGAACUUGAAUAUUCAAGAUGAGACGCCUUCAGUGACCGAAGACAAUUCUAUGGUGGAUUCACGAGAGUUGGAGAAUUUGGAAGACAAUAGAUCCAUUCUCAAUUCCCAGCAAACAUCGGAGCGUACGCCAAAGCGCAAAACAGAUCAACCUGAGAUGGAUAACCAACUGACGCCUUCUUCGCCGGAGAAUCCCAUUUCCGCGACUCAUAGACCACAGCCUCAGCUCUCGAUGACCACAACGGUGUAUCCACCUAGGUCUGCCACUGUUGCAUCGUGGGCUGAUGGAUUACCGCUUCAGCCCACAAACCAGCUUUGGGACGACUCUAAUGUUUAUGUUCCUCAUUGGUCCGCUUCCUGCAUGAGCGACAAAGGCCGUGUCAACCUUGAUGGUUGGAACCAAAAGGAGAAAACUCUUUACAGUCCAUGGUUGAGUGUGCAAGAUUAUGGAUUGUGGUGGGAAGUGGAGGUGAUUGGUGGGUGGAAGGAUUUUGAUACUCUAUUUCCUCUCACAGAUUAUGAGGCUGCUGCUUGA